AUGACAUUCACUAGUUAGCCAGUCAUUCGUGCGCAAUCCUUUUGACUUUUUUAAGUUUAAAUGGCGAACUGAAGUUUUCAUUAAGAACAAACAACGGUCACACAUAUAUUUUUCACAUCGUUCAUUGUGAAUUUGUUUCCAAUUAGCGUCAACAAAAUACAUAUUAAUUUGAAAACUUUCCAGAAGGUCGGUGAUAGUCGAAAUGCAAAAAAUGGAUGUUAAAAUCCAAGAGAAAAUCACCGAAGAACAAAUUUGCAGCUUUAGUAAGGCCCUUGGUGGAAUGGAGCAAAAAAUUCAAACUAUAGAAGCAGAGUUAAGUUUUUUUUACGAAGAAAGAAAGCGUAUAGAGUUCCUUCAGUAUCAAAAACAGGAUGAUAAUUCCAUUUUGUUUGACAAAUGUCGUAACUUAAUUUCGAAUGACGACCUCGAGUCACUUUCAAUUCAAGUGCAACGGCUGCAGCAAGAAAACCAAAAUAUGGCUGAUGAGUUACAAGAAUGGAAGGCAACUUACAAUGAAAAGGCGAGUGAAUGUGAUCAAAAUAGGGACAAGUAUUUGAAAGCGCAACAAUUGGCUGAAGAAUUUAGGCGACAGCUAGAUAUAGUUAGUAAAGGCAGCAAUAUUAACCAAGAGCAAAUCAAUAGCGGUCUACAGUUGACAAAUGAGAGAAUUAAAGAACAAUUAGGGGAAUUGGGCCAUUUACCGUUUAUAUUAGAAGCAAAACAAUUGGAAUUACAGGAGGCUUUGUCUAAAUUAAAACUAUCAGAGCGGACAAUUUCUGCACUUUCUGAUGAUCUUGAAAGCUGCAUAAUUAAGUGUGAGCUGCUUCAAAAGGAUGUCGAGCUGGAGCGAACGAAAAAUCUAAAAUUGCAUAAAGAAGGGGAACAUUUCUUAGGGGAAAUCAACGAAUGGAAACAGAGAGUCGAUGAUCUGACAGCUGAAAACAAACUUCUUAUAAAAGGUGUUGAAAGAAUGAGAUUUCUUGAGGAUUGUCUUGAAGUUAAGACCCGGGAAGUACACAAAUUGAGUCAGCAUGUUGAUGAACUAAGGGAGGAAAGUUCACGACAUGUCGCUCGUGUUAAGGAACGGGCAGAAGUCCAGAAAAAAGCAUUCCAGUCGCAAAUAUCUGGGCUCGAAGAAGAGCUAGUGCAGCUUCGCGCGAAUCUUAGUACUGCUUUCAAAGAACGCGAUGAAGCAAGACAGAGAAUGCAAAGUGAAGUAGCAAAGCUCGAGCAAAAAUUCGCAGAUGCACAAUUGGAAAUUCGAAGCUUGAAGAGCCAUGUGGAAAUUCUUAAAUCAUCAUAUUCCAACAUUUUUGAAGGAUUCGAUGAAGGAAGUGAAGAAGAGGAAAUUGAAAAAGAGAAAGAAACAACGCGUAGUUUGUCGAUUAACCAUAUUUAAAAUUAUGUAUUUUGUA